AUGGAUCUCUCUGUUUUGCCAAAUAACAACCAUCCUGACAAAUUCCUGCAGCUUGACGUGAAGUCUUUAAUGAGGAGCUCAGCCCUCCUUCAGGCCAACCUGGCGAGGUUUCCUGGUGGAAAUUAUCCUGCCGCACAAAACUGGCAAAACCUGGUCUACUGGCAGAGAGAAAAGAAGCAUAUUGCCACUCAACGCACUACGGGAGCCAGUUCAGAGAACCUGGUCACUGCUGACAGGCCCCUGCCAUCCAUGUCACCAGUUACGAAGAAUAACCCACUGUAUGGUGACAUAAGUAUGGAGGAAGCUAUGGAAGAAAGAAAAAAGAGCCCUUCAUGGACCAUCAAGGACUAUGACAAACGUUCCCUGCAUACAAACCUCUCUGGACAUCUAAAGGAAAAUCCUAAUGACCUGCGGUUUUGGUUGGGAGACACGUACACACCAGGUUUUGAUACUUUAUUGAAAAAGGAGGAGAAACAAGAGAAGCAAUCAAAAUUCUGCCGUGUGGGUCUGAUCUUCCUUCUCGUUACCUCCGUUUUGGUUACCAUAGUGACUAUUAGCACUUUUUUUACCUAA